AUGAACCCUCGACUAGCGGAACUCGGUCUUCGUUUGACAUCUGUUACCGAUGAAGAAAAUGGGCGCGAAAUGAUUGUUUUGGUAACGGAAGAUGUGCUUCCUAAGGAACUUCGUACUAUAACCGGCUUCAGCGAGGAAGAGCUAGUACUAUUUUCACGUUAUGUGCAAAAAAUGGUAGAAUGUGGUGGCGAAUGCGAUCAGUCCUGGGCUCUGCAAGAGGGUUCAAAGCUUCCGAAUCCGAUGUCAAUGAUGAAAACGCAAGCAUUCAUUGACAAACUAGCGAAGUCCGGAUGGAUUGUUGAAAAGGAUGAGAACAUCCAACUGGCAGCAAGGACUAUCGCAGAGUUGGAGCCUGUUCUGGCUUGGAAGUACGGAUGCCCGAAUUGUGCUCUUUGCCAGAAAGUUGUUGUUCGAAAAUUCGCAGCUGUCACUUGUGAAUCGUGUCAUGUGCAUUUACAUCGCCAUUGUUGGAACCAACUUGCUGCGGGCUGCGAAGCUGAUGAGAUCUCGUGUCCGGGAGCUAGUAUCAAUGGAUGCACCGCAAAGCUUUCGAAAACAUCUAUUGCGGAGAAUACUGUUUGA